AGCCAUUUAGGAACAAGUGUUCGAUUUAGGCAGCGCCCCAGCUGUCCACCAGCUUGCCCCCACUCCGCCCCCUUCCCCGUCGGGCCGCGCAGACCAUGGCGCACCGCGUGCUCGCCAUCCAGGGCCACGUGCUGGCUGGGGACGCCGCCGUGACCGGAGGCGUCUGCGUGCGGGCCGUGAGCGCCACCGAGGACGCCGACUUCGCGGCUCGCUGCAAGGCGAUGUCUUCAUGGAUGAGUCAGGAGCGUUUCAAGCACACUACUCGGCCAUACAAGGUUGAGGAUGUUGUGAAGCUCCAGGGCACCGUGCCGCUGCACUUCACGGGCGCUAAGGUCUCGGAGAAGCUCUACACGAUGCUGCGCGAGCACCAGGCCAAGGGCACCUGCUCCCACACCUUCGGCGCGCUGGACCCAGUUCAGGUGGUGCAGAUGGCCAAGUAUUUAACCACCGUCUACGUCAGUGGCUGGCAGUCCAGCUCCACAGCGUCCACGUCCAACGAGCCCGGCCCAGACGUGGCCGAUUACCCGUACGACACUGUGCCGAACAAGGUCGAUCAGUUGUUCAAGGCGCAGCUGUUCCACGACCGGAAGCAGUACGAGGACCGGCGCCGCAUGUCCCCCGAGGACCGCGCCAAGACGAAGGCGGUGGACUACAUGAACCCGAUCAUCGCCGACGCCGACACCGGCCACGGCGGCCUCACGGCCACUAUGAAGUUGUGCAAGAUGUUCAUAGAGAAUGGUGCAGCGGGCAUCCACAUCGAGGACCAGAAGCCGGGCACCAAGAAGUGCGGGCACAUGGGCGGCAAGGUGCUCGUGUCCACCUGGGAGCACAUCCAGCGCCUGAUCGCCUGCCGCCUGCAGGCCGACGUGCUGAACUCGCCCCUGGUGCUGGUUGCCCGCACCGACGCGGAGGCGGCCACCAUGAUCGAUUCCAACAUCGACCCGAUCGACCACCCGCACAUCAAGGGCGCCACCGUCCCCGGCGUCGAGAGCCUCUACGACGCCAUCAGGAAGGGCACUGACAAAGACUGGGAGCAGCGCGCGGGGGCCAUGACGUUCCCGGACGCUGUGGCGAAGGCCCUCCAGGCCAAGGGCACGGACCCGGGCAAGUGGCUCAAGGACUCCCUGAAGAUGUCCUUGACAGAGAUGAAGGCCGCAGCGGCGAGCCUGGGCGUGAGCGACGUGUUCUUCGACUGGGACUCCGCGCGGUCCGUGGAGGGCUACUACAGGAUCAAGGGCUCCACGGACUUCUGCAUCCAGCGCGCGAUCGCGUUCGCCCCCUAUGCCGACUGCAUCUGGAUGGAGACCGGCAAGCCCAUCCUCGCGCAGGCGCAGCAGUUCGCCACGGAGGUGCGGGGCGCCGUGCCCCACCAGAUGCUCGCCUACAACCUCAGCCCGUCCUUCAACUGGGACACGGCAGGCAUGACGGACGCCCAGAUGGAGUCGUUCAUAUGGGACCUCGCCAAGCUCGGCUUCUGCUGGCAGUUCAUCACCCUGGCAGGCUUCCACUGCGAUGCCCUCAGCAUCGACCUGUUCGCGCGGUCCUACGCCACGAAGGGGGCGGCGGCCUACGUGCAGAUGAUCCAGCGGCAGGAGCGCGAGCAGAAGGUGGAGACCCUGACGCACCAGAAGUGGAGCGGGUCCGAGAUCGUGGACGAGAUGGGCAACAUCAUCUCCGGCGGCACGUCGUCCACGGGCAUCAUGAGCGCCGGCGUCACCGAGAAGCAGUUCUGAGGCGCCGGGCUACCUGCUCCCAGCACCUGCAGGCCCCACCAACCCGGGUUUGGUAAGUGGCCCGACAGAGCGGGCACCAAGAAGACGAGGAGGUUUAGGCCCUUCGCUUGUUGGAGCCGCGUCUGCGCCGACAGGCGCGCCACGUUUUCCGAGGAGCGCAGCCGGCCUCAGCCGCCGCCGUUUGACAGCGGCAGUCAUACUCGAGGUGCAGGCGCGCGGACGAAAAGGGAGAGGUGUCGCUUGAUCUGCCCGCGUGCCCGCCGGGCCACGGUUUCUCAGCCCCACCACCCCAGUUGGGCAUAGGCCCCUCGAAACCCGAAGGGAAGAGCCUAUGUCCCCAUCCAGGGGUGCAAGUCGGCCAGUGGGGCCCAGGCCACGUCAGUGAAGAGAGGGGUCGAUCAAACGUGGCUCAGACGAGGAUCAAUCGCUCCGCUGGUUUCCAGGACGCUCCCGGGGCGGUCUGCGUUUUGGAGCAGCCGGCGCCCCCGCUGCAUCUUCCAGACCCGCCCGCCCAAAGUAUCCUCAGCCGAGUCUGUCCUCAUCCGGCCUGCAUCAAUGACUCGCACUCGUGCUGAGCUGGCUGUCAUUCGGCAGCCGUGCUGAAGGACGAGAUUGCCCAAGGCUGGUUCUCUGCCGAAUCGCAA